AUGGACUCCUCCAGUUUAACACCCCAAAUUAAAACAGGUAUACAACAUAUGUCAGAGUCUGUAUUUGUGGGACUGUGUCGUACAGUGGGGACCUCACAACAGGUGACAAUGCGGAGAGAUGUAUUAGACAUUGAUGAUAUAGUGACAAAGAAAGUAAGAACAAGUAACCAGAACACGGUUAUGAGGAGUGGAAGUCAGAGAGAAGGGUUCAGAAUGGAGGGAUCUGAUCUGGAUGUGAUGUUUUGGUUUAAAGACCGAGUGAUCUGGGACUUAUCUCAGACCCAGUUUUACAAUGUACACAAGCAAGCCCUGAUUCUCUCUGUCUCUUCUGAAAGUCCACCCGGAUUUACUUUACUUCAAUUACUGUCACCAGGAGCAGAAAGCAACGUUAUCUCAGCAUUAGUCAUAAUGAAUGAUAGAAGUUAUAUAUCUAGUUCUAAAUAUAGAGAGAUCACAUGUUCUGAUAUAUUCCCUAACUCUACAGUACAUGGUCCUUGCGGCAGUGGAGAUAUAGGAGGACUAGAAUAUGACGCUGCUCAGUGUUUUGUGUGCGACUUUUGGCCCCCUUCUGCCUUCACAUGGAUAGAUAGAUGUCACACAUGGCCCCAGCCACAGGUUGUUAGGGACAUAGUCAGAAGUGGAUGUCACUUUGUAGCAAUAGGACAUAAAUUAGGAAAUCAUGAAACCAAUGAAUGGAGAAUUUCAUUUUCUCUGGCAGAACAAAAACUUGUGUACUCAAUGAACCACUGUCAAUUCUUAACUUAUGGUUUACUGAAAUUGUUCUUAAAAGAAGUCAUUAACAAUGGAUUAUGUGAUAAUGAGAAAUUACUGUGUUCCUAUCACAUGAAGACAGCAGUUUUCUGGAUGAUUCAACAAAACACAAUACCUAACUGGUGUCCACAGAAUCUCCUGAAAUGUUUCUGGUACUGCUUUAAACUCAUCCUCAAAUGGGUGUAUGAGGGAGUCUGUCCUAACUUUUUCAUUCCAGAAAACAACAUGUUUCUCAGUAACAUUCAUGGUGACGCACAAAACAGAUUAUUUGUUAGACUGUUUGGUUUUUAUGAAAAAGGUUUAGCAUCCCUGCUUCACAUUCCCUCCCUCAGGUCUUAUAUCAUGAAUGUCCUUUAUAACCCCACACUCAGUAUUUGUACUGAUGAACACACUCUGAUAUCUGAGAUCGAGUUCGAUAUAGAAAUGUUUUUGGAGUUACAUCAAAAUAUUGAACUGCCCCCAUCAGACUUCUACCUCAUUAUGAAGCACCUAAACACAGUAGAACAGUCGACAGUCUUGCCCCUGACACAGUAUGAAGUUCUCGUGUUACAGGUAUAUACAACCUCCCUCCUUCACAGAGCUGCUUUUACAUUACAAAACAUGUACAGCAACACCACUGAAAACAAGCUGGUGUAUAUUGCUGACAGAAUGUCCAGUCACAUGUUGAAACUCACAACCAAGUUUGGGAGUAUUUCUGACAGGUUGUUCAUUGCAAUGUAUUAUUACAAGACACUCAGAUACACAGAAGCUUUGUCUGUGAUAGAGAUGACAAAGAUCAACAUAGCUCAGCCAUAUGUGAUGUAUAACUUCACAGUAGACACAGAGAGGUAUACCGAGGCUGUAGGGGGACAGUCCUGGUCUACAAAGUUAAGACAUGCUGUAGCAUGGACUAUCAAAUUAGACAACGGAAUCAUUUAUAUCAAUGAAUUAAUGACGGAGCAGAUGGUUGCAUUGCAGAACUAUAAACAUGUACUGUAUAUUCCACCCCUAGUCGUGUUAUAUAUGCUAGAGUUCUUGUGUUACAGACAUACUGACACAAUGAGAGCACAAACAGCUCUUAAUGAUCUACAGGUCCUAGUUCACCAUGAUCAGGGGCUGUAUGUAAAUGUGAACUUAAGAGACAUAUCAUGGCAAAUCCUGGGUAUCUGUCAACAGAUCUCGGGGAACCUCCAGGCUGCUCUAUACUCUUACCAACAAUCACUCAGACAAUCUCCACACCAUAAAAUACAAACUGCUGCACUAAUGAGAAUACAUGAACUCGGAUAAGAACAGUAUAACUCAUAUGCCUUUAGCUAUUGAAUGAGUAAUUCAAGGCAAUUAUGUGAAUUAUAUAAGUAGAUUUCAGAUGUUAAUGUUAUCAGUUGCUUGAUAAAUGGAUUAGAUAUGUUGUUAGAUUUAUGAAAAGUUAUUUUAUCUAUGCCUAAUCAUUUCAUCAGUAGAUAUGAAGCCUAAAUGAACUGGAUUUUGGGAUUAGAAUGCACUUAGUAACACUUUGUUCAAAUCUCGCCAGUAAUGGUGACAUCUUCAUACGAGUGAAAAUGUCUCGAGGGACUUUAAACAACAUACAACAAACCAACCAACGAUUACAGACCGCACAAGAGCACAGUAUGCUCUGAUAUAGAUUUUCAAACUUUACAUGUUUGAAAUGUUAAUGGAAUUAUUGUUUUUGUGUCUGUGGGAUUGAUGUGAAUAUAUUCUUAAAAUAUUUCCAAAAUCAAAAUAAUGUAAUACGCACUUAAUUGGGGAUUGAUAUCAUUGUUGAUAUUUGAGUUGUAUAUAUUUAGAUAAAUUAAACGUAUUGACAUAAACAUGUAAAAUACAGUAUAGUUGUCACUUUGUUCUGUG